AUGUCAUCAUCUUCAUCAUCCGAUUCGACGACAGUAGAGGAGGCUAAGUUUAUCGGUUCCGUCAUGGCGAAAACGGUUGCAUACUGUCAAAACCGACUUGGUGAAACAUCACGUGCACGACCUAACCUAAGAAAGUCGCCGUUACGUAGAAAUCACGAAGCCGGACACGAUCGUCUUAUAGAAGAUUAUUUUGCAGAUGACGCCGUCUACGCUGUAAAAUUUCGACGUCGGUUCCGGAUGAGGAAGGAGCUAUUUUUACGUAUUGUUGGCGAUUUGGAAGGCCGUUUUCCAUAUUUCCAAUGGAAAAUGGAUGCAAGGGGGAAAAAAGGUUUCUCUCCCAUACAAAAAUGCACGGCUUCAAUUCGUCAGCUAGCAUACGACAUGGGCGCAGACAAAUGGGACAACUAUUUUAGAAUGUCAGUGCGUACCGUGAGGGACUCUGUGUACAAGUUCUGCAAAGCGAUCUGUUUGGUUUACGGGCAACGAUAUUUGCGCAAACCAACUAUCAACGAUAUCCACCAAUUGUAUACGGUACAUGAAGGCAAACAUGGAUUCCCUGGAAUGCUAGGUAGUGUCGAUUGCAUGCAUUGGAGUUGGGCAUUAUGCCCCAACGCAUGGCGUGCUGGUGCAAACAAUGACAUUAACGUGCUAGACCAGUCGCCUAUAUUCAACGAUAUCUACCUUGGAAAGUCACACGAUGUACCUUUUCAAGCAAAUAGGAUAGCAUAUAAGUGUGGAUACUAUCUUACUGACGGUAUAUAUCUUCCUUUGUCUGUUUUUGUGAAAUCGUUUACAUGUCCUAACGACCCGAAAAGGAAAAAGUUUAAAGAGGCGCAAGAGUCAGCUAGGAAGGAUGUGGAGCGAGCAUUUGGUGUACUUAAGAGACAUUGGCAGGUACUAACGGUCGGGGCAAGGUCAUAUGAGGUGAAAAGGUUACGACACGUAAUGUAUGCAUGUAUCAUAUUGCAUAAUAUGAUUCUUGAAGACGAAGGAAGAGCGAUAUGCCGAUAUAAUGAAAAUGAAGUUUUGCCAAAUGUCGAAGGAGUAGCCGUUGGUACACAAGAGUAUAGGGUGAACAGAAGAAAAGUACACAAUCGCGACCUUCAUCAGGCCCUUCGUGCUGAUUUGGUGGAACAUAUUUAUAGGGCUUAUGUUCAUCCCCCGCAAGAGUUAUCUUACGAUGAUGAUUUGUUUGACGAAUCAGACGAGGAUUCUCAUAUGUUCGUCGAGAGUGAAGAUUCCGACAACGAGAGUGACGCUGGGGAGAAUGAUGCAGAUGAUGUAGGCGAGGACGAAGACGAUGAUUCCGAGUGA